UGGUUGGUGCAAUCUAUCCCCACCGAUAUGCCGCUCCUCCCCCGCGUACCGGGCGUGCUCGCCUCCGGGGACGUGCUCAGAUGGAUGGCGGGAAAUGCGACCAGGCGCCUUGACGUGAUUGCGCAGUACUGGCAGCUUUUGGCACAGCCUGGAAAUCCCAAAUCUGGUGACUAUGGGUAUUCUAAUGCUGACUUGGAGAGGUUCGGCGCAGGAGAGGGACGUGCUGUUUAUAAGGCAUUGGAGGAGGCAGCGGAGAGGAGGGUUGAUAUCAGGCAUUCCCCUUUGCCUUUUGAUUCAUGAUUAUUUGAUUGCCUU